CUGGCAGGGCCCGUUUCUCUCUUCGCCUCCCGCCAGUGGUGGCUCGGGCUUUGCACCCGGAGGCGACUGAGAACUGUGGAGGCUGCGGAGCCAGCAGCGCAGUCGGUCGGAGCUGUCCGGCCCGGUGGCGGGCGAUGCCCCCGUGAGUCUCUGUCGCUGCCCCUCCCCGCCCCGCGUCCCUACCCCUUUGGAGUCCGCGCCCGCCCGGGGCCGGGCCGCGCCUACCGCCGGGUCCGCGGGGCGGGGUCCCGGGGCAGCACCUGCCUCGUCUUGCGAGCCACUCAGCCAGCAGAACCCAGUUCCAGGCGUGGACCCCGACCCCACCUCCGGACACCCUGUCAUCACAUUUCCUCCUCCUGGAAGCCUGCCCUGAUUGCCUUUACCUCCUUUCCUGAAAACUGGUAACUCAGCAGAAAACGAAGCUUUGUGCAGAUGCCCUAGGGGUGUGCUGGUGAGAGAGCACAGCCCCCUGUGAUGCGGAGCACCACAUCCAGAGUCAGCAGCUCAGUGAGUUUCUCUUUCUCUGCAGAAUCGCCUGAAGCCCUGUUGCCCUGGGGACCAUGUUUAACGGGGAGCCUGGUCCAGCCUCGGCUGGGGCCUCCAGGAACGUGGUACGGAGCUCCAGCAUCAGCGGCGAGAUCUGCGGAUCCCAGCAAGCUGGGGGUGGGGCCGGGACCACCACAGCCAAGAAACGGCGCAGCAGCCUGGGCGCCAAGAUGGUGGCUAUCGUUGGCCUGACCCAGUGGAGCAAGAGCACGUUGCAGCUCCCCCAGCCUGAAGGGGCCACUAAGAAGCUGCGCAGCAACAUUCGACGGAGCACGGAGACCGGCAUUGCGGUGGAGAUGCGGAGCCGUGUCACCCGCCAGGGCAGCCGGGAGUCUACUGACGGGAGCACCAACAGCAACAGCUCCGAGGGCACGUUUAUUUUUCCCACAAGGCUCGGAGCCGAAAGCCAGUUCAGUGAUUUUCUGGAUGGCCUGGGACCAGGCCAGAUUGUGGGACGACAGACAUUGGCAACACCCCCCAUGGGAGACGUGCACAUUGCAGUCAUGGACCGGAGUGGCCAGUUGGAGGUGGAAGUGAUUGAAGCUCGGAGCCUGACCCCCAAACCAGGCUCCAAAUCCCUCCCAGCCACCUAUGUCAAGGCUUACCUGCUGGAGAACGGGGCAUGUGUAGCCAAGAAAAAGACAAAGGUGGCCAAGAAGACUUGCGAUCCCUUGUACCAGCAGGCUCUGCUCUUUGACGAGGGGCCCCAAGGCAAGGUUCUGCAGGUGAUCGUCUGGGGAGACUACGGCCGUAUGGACCACAAGUGCUUCAUGGGCAUGGCCCAGAUCAUGCUGGACGAGCUGGACCUGAGUGCCGCGGUCACUGGCUGGUACAAACUCUUCCCCACAUCCUCUGUGGCUGACUCCACAGUUGGAUCCCUCACCAGGCGCCUGUCCCAGUCCUCUUUGGAGAGUGCCACCAGUCCCUCGUGCUCCUAAGGACCUCUCUGAGGACAAGAGGCCAGGGGCUACUAGGGGAAGGGAGCCUGCUGGCCCCACCACCCCCUGUACAUAGUCUCCGUGUCUUUCCGGACCGCUCACCCUGCUGCAUGCCUGUUGGCCACUGGGCUUGUCCCAGCUGGCAGUGGAGACUGUAGUGUCUGUGUGUGUGUCUGUGUGUGUAUGUGACCACAUAUCUGUCCAUUUGUCUGGGUACAGUCAGUCCUGGUGACCACACGGACUGUAGUCCACAUCUCUGUAUCUUGCUGGAAGGAACUCAAAGGAACAUCACGCGGACACUUCUUGGCCCCUGGGGUCAAAAUAGGGGGUGUGGCCGCUGGUGGGCCUUGCUUCGUCCCUGCCUGGUUGUCUUACGGUCUCCACUUGGUUUUCUGUCUUCUGUUUUCUUCGCCUCCCAGCAUUACUGCUCUUUUUUUGAGGAAUGUAGCAUCCAUUGCAGCUGACCAUACCUUAUUCCCUACCACAGCCACGCUGGUGGUCAUCCCAUUGAAUGCCCCCUACAGCAUGUGGCAUGCUCACUCAGUGCCCUGGCCAGGGUCCCAAGCAGACAGAGGGUAUCUGGGGAGGAGGGACCUUGAGGAUGUUUCUCCCUGGGGCUGGUGCCUUGUUACAGGCAAGUACGGGAGAGCUGAGUUCAGGGGUGCUGGCCAGACAUGCUAGAGGAUGUGCUGGGAACCCCCUCCCCCCUCCAGGGUGCUCCAACAUGCCAAAGGAGCUCCCCAGUGGGCCCAGGAGGCUGCCUGUUAAAGCAGAUGGCCUUCUCAGGCGUCAAGGGUGGCCCUGUCUCCUUUUGGGGCUUUGUAAAGAGGUGCCAUGGGAAGGGCUACUCGCUGGAGGAAGGAAGGCCAAGGUUGAUUUGCUUAGAGCCGCUGUCAGGGAUCCUCUCUGCCCUGGGGAUUAGCUGCAUGAAGGCUUUACUUUCAGGGUUCUGCUUUCUUUGCUCAUCCGUAGACACCAGUCCCCAUCUGGAGUCCUGACACCAGGCUCCAGCCUCCUAGCUCCGUGAGCAGCCUGGCUCUGCACUCAGCGGAGCCUCUGUCACCAGCUCUGUACCAGCAAUACUCACCCCUCCACCUCCCGGCCUUUCUUGAGUAGGCCCCUGCUCCUCUGGCGGUGGCCUGCGCCAGUCACCCCAGCUGCCUCUGCUUGACUACCCCUUCCCUUGUCUGGCUGGGGCUCCUCCCACCCCACGAACCCUGUAGGAGGGACUGUUGCCUGGGCUAGGUCCUGAGAUGGCUGUUGUGAAUACUGAAGGCUAGCUCUGGAAUGCCGCCUGUCCCUCCUCUCCUUAGCUAUAGGCUGGAAUUGGAGGCUGCCUGGGAGAUAGCAAAGCAGCCCUGGUCCGUGUCCAGUAGGAGGAAGGAAGCAGGUUGGGGGAUAGGUUAUGAGGAAGACUCUUUCUGCCUCUCUUCUGGCCUAUCUCCAAGCAUGGCUAUGCCUCUAGCUCAGUACCUAGGCAGAGAGACCUAGUGGGUACUGAAGGAGUCUUGGCCUGGGUAUGAAUUCCAUUUGUACCAAAGCUGGGGUGCAUAAAGCCAUCCCAGCCCAAAGGGCCUCCCUGUAGUGAGAGUCCUACAGUGUCCUUUCACCCACGCAAACUGAGGGUGAGGUGGGAGGACGCAUCUGUGCAGGCAGUAGAGUGACAUGGUGGCCAGUAAAGUUCUCCUGCCAGCCUUGCUGGCUGAGGAGUAUGUGUCUCCCGUGUCACUAGACAUGGGGCAAAGUGCCCCUGGCCUCUGAGCCUUAAUGGGCCUAGGGCGAGGAGGAAACUGGCUUGCAAACGGCUGUUUUCAUCUUGGUGGUGGUCUGUGUGCCUUUAACGCAGUUACUCUCUGGAUGGUGUGAAAGCCAUUUGGAGUGGAGGAGUGUCAGUGACCUGCUGACACAGACCUUUUCAGAUGUGGCACUGAGUCACUCCCAGAAGUGGGAGCUGCCAGCAGAGAGUGUCUCUCGCCUCUUAGGAGGGUCAGCACCAGGAUGUGCUUGCCAGAGAAGGGACUGAUGUCCCGGGGACUCAUGCUGACCUGCCUACAGUCUGCAGCUGUAAACUGCCUAAGAGCUGGGGACUUGGCUGUCCCACCUCCACGGAAGAUACUCUUCCUCCUUAACGGAUCUUGGGGAACUCACUCUUUUUAACACUAAGUAAUCCCACCUAGAUUCUUGCCCACACGUGUGGGCUGCAGAAGGCUCGCAUGUACAUGUGAGUUUAAAGGUCUGUUUCUCGGCACCCUGGGUGCGGGCCCCCAGUGGGCUGCCCCUCCAGAAGCAGGUGUGCCCAACUGUGACUCUUGCCAGGACUGGGAGCCCUCUGCCCUUUAAGGAAAGGACAACGGGUCAAGAAGUAAAUGGGUCUUUGUGUGUUCCCUUGGCAACGGGCCACCUCACCUCAUCCCUUGCUCCGGUGGUUGCAGGAAUGGACUUGGUCACCCCAUCCCUCUAGGCAGGCUGGAUUCAUCAGUAAUGGCUGAGACGUGAGUAGCUCUGCAGCGAUGCUGGGCUGUGGGCAGGGGCAGCGAUAAAUGACUCAGAGCAUAUGUCUCUGUAUUUCUGCCCUGCUCAGCCUGUCCCACUUUUUAACAGAUUCCUUCCCUACAAGGAAGUCAGAGAUGGGACUCUGUGAUAUGAAACAUCCUCUAGGAAAUGGGCCAAGUCUCGGUUUGACAAGGGACAUUUGAUCCUUUGGGGGAAGAACUGGCUCCAAAGAUGCUCUCAUCCAGUCUCUCUUCCCACCAGGCUCUGGGGAUCACCUUGUCAGCAGGUCCCGGGCAAUGCCAGCAUGUCACGGGGUGGAGGCAGAACCAAGGAACGCUUCAAAAGGGCAGGGGUGUUGGUGCCUGGAUGGUUCCUCCCUUGUGGAGUCACUGCCCGAUGCAGCACUGGGGUCAAGCUAACUCUCCCAGAGGCUCAACUCCCACCAGGGAAGCAUGCCAGCUCCUCCUUUACUGCCAGCCUGGGGGAGACCAGCAGCCUCCGUUUGUGUUUUAAGACAAUUGAGCCUUCCCAGGGCAUGUCUUUGGAAGUGAAAUGUAGCACAAUCCUCAACUGUGUUCCCAGGAGCCCUGACAUACCCAGAGCUCCCAAUACCUCAUGUUCUCCAUCGCCCUUGGCCUAGCAAGGCCGUUCUGUGUUUCUCUGAUUGCGUCCAGCACUGUGCUGCCUUUGCCUGAGAUUGCUCUCCACCGGGUGGGGAGAGGCGGUACUUCACGCGGGGGCCUGAAGCUUGCCCAGAAGCAUUUCUGUAGUGGCCACAGGGAGGUAGACAAGAAGAGGCCUGCUCCCCCACCUCCUUUCCUCUCCCACUCCCCAGCUGUUGUCUCCAGUGUCCCGACCCACUUAGACCUACUUUUGAAUAUGGCCCCUCUCCUGCAUCGGCUUCCGCUUAUGAUCAGAGAGAAGAAAAUGCAGACUCGCUCCCUGCUGUCUCCCUCCAGUCUGCUUCUAGCCCAGGUCAGGAGAGGCUGGAGACAUCAACCACCAUCAGAGAGCAGGGGAGCCCAGUCAGGUGUGUUACCUGACGGUGGCGGGAUCAGCCUGGCCUGGCUGGGAAAGGGUCAUUUUGAGAGUGCCUGAGCAUCUCAGAGCAAAUGUCAGUGAUGCCAAAGAGAGCGACCUGGCCUCCUUGGGCAACAGCUUUGCUGGUGUGUGCCCAAGGGAGGGUCCUUGUUCUCUGACAAAGGGCUUAUUCUUUCCAUGUAGCAAAGCAACUCCUCUCCCCCAACCCUGAAGCUGGGCUUCUGCGGGCCCAGCAUGGCUGUGCCUGUUAGGAGAAGCCGCAUGGGUGAGAGACUUUGUCUCCUCCCUGGGGCCUAGUCUGUCUCGGCAGGUGCUCCUUGAAAAGCCUGAGUGUUGCUGCUUUGGAGAAACCAGCUCUAGCUGGAUACUCACCAGUAGAGACAGGGCCUUGGGCCUGCCAGGAAGUCCGUAUUGAUGCCAGGAAGGGUCCCUGGGCCUGAGAAUUCCAGGGACAACUGAGCAUCUGCCCCAUUAGCCAAUGACCUGGAUAGGGAUGGCUGUUCUGUACCUUUUUUUUUUUCCUCCUUCUUCUUUCUUUUUUGCCAGAAACUGUGACCUUGUGUGAGACUCCUCACUGGACCUCCGCGUCCUCAUCUAUAAAACCAGAGCAGUGGCUCGUUGCUGCACGGCUCCCUCCAGGCUGAGGGUGGAGAGGGGCCAGUUUCAUGUCCCUUGGUUCUUAGCUGGGAGCAGGUCCUCAUUUGGUUCAUGCCCAGAUGCUGCUCCUGGAAGAAAAAAAAAAAAAAAAGACACCCCCACCUCACCCCGAGCCCAAAUGUGGCCUUGCCUCUUUGUGGUUUGCCCCUCUGCCACCAACCACUCUCUGGUCUCGGUGAGAAACAGUCAAGGGUUGUCUACAGUGGGCAGUUUCCAGGCUGUCUGAUAUCACCACCUUGGCUGGGUCCUGAGUAGGUCUGUGUUCCCAUCAGCAGACAGGCUGGCCGUUCCUCCUCCUGCUUUUAGAUGACAGCCUAGGAAGAGUAGACACUCAACCAUUUAAAAGAAUUCUCUCUGAUGGGACGGGAGAGGGAACUUCCAAGUAUUUGGCGUUUUGAAACCACUUCUUCCCAGAUUUCUUCUCCCAAAUGUUAUUAGACGUCAGAGCGGCUGUUUCCUCAGGGAAAGUGGACCUGAGGCUUCCAGCAACUCCUGUGGCAUGAAAACUCACAGCCGGCAGGAACCCCUUUUUUAGAAUUUCCAAAUGCAUCCUGCAAAGAGAGAGAGAGAGAGAGAGAGCUGUUAGGGACUGACAAGCACACUGUUUAGAUAAGAAGCAAUUAGCCUUUUCUAUCUGAGCUCUCUGCAGCAUCUUUCCAAACUCUGGCUCCUGGGUGGCAGGUGGACAGCCGGGAAGAAUGCCCGCUGUCUCAUGUGACGCUCUUGCCAAUCCCCUCGAGGAGAGAAUUCUUCACAUGGCUUUUGCAUGUACAGUAUUGGGCAGAAAAAAAAAAAUUAAAGUCCAUCUGAAAUUGGU